CCUAUCGGACGCCAUUUUGUCGCCGACUUUCACCCGCCACACGACGGUGCUUUUUUUUCUUAAAGGAGAAGCGACAAUGUUUUUUUUUUUUUUUUAAAUCCCCUGCAAGUAUGAAACACCGAAAACUGCGGUCGAUGUGAAAACGAGGAAACAAGUUUCUGGAAGGUACCUCCUCUCUAACGUUUCACUUUUGAAAAUAGAAGCUCGGGGAUACCAGACCGGCCGGACUGCGGGGCGUAUUGUGAGGAGGAGGAGGAGGAGGAGGAGGAGAAAGUGGGGGGGGGCGACGGCAAUAGGACGAGCGAUACUUCUAGUUUUAUUGCGGUCACUGCAGGGCAAUAACUGUUCUGGAGUUCAAGAUAAAGCGCGUGGGACAUUUACAGACGCCUUUUCUGCAGGGCAACGGAGGGCAUUUAAUUUGGCGCGCGGGAGAUAACUGCUAAAACGGCUCAGUUAUGCGAAGCGCGCGCCACGGCCAGAAUUCCGACAGCACACCCGCGCGCGCGCGCGCGCGUCCCCGGUGAACCUCGCCCGCUGAUUGGCCUGUAGAGAACCAGCCCGGCUUGCUGCUGUUAUUGGCUACAUUGGGAGAGAAGUGGGUGAGGUGUGUCUUUGCAUUUUUCUCCUGAUUGGAUGAUACGGAGAGCACUUGUAUCCUGUUUGAACUCCGAACUCGCUCUUGAUUGGACAAAGUCACGCGAGGGGCGGGAGCUUCGUGGAAGAGGCGGAGUGAACGGCGGGUGCUGCUGUCAGAACCGGGGGGGAGCCGCUGUUGGGGCUUCCUCCGCUAGCUGCUCUAAUGCCGGGGGCGCCCGAGCAGGCGGAGACCCAGGAGGAAGAACAAGAGAGAGAAGAGGAACGGACUCCGCCUCCUAGCGGCCGCCGGCGUCCCCUGCCCCCUCCCGUAGCCUCCACCGAGCAGGGGGCGGAGUCUAGCGGCAGUCGGGUCCUCCGUGGAGGUCGGGAGCGCGGACGAGCUGCAGCCGCGGCAGCGGCCGCCUCCCGCCGAAGAAAGGCCGAAUAUCCGCGUCGGCGCCGCAACAGUCCCGGCGCUCGGCAGAACCAAGAACCGGAGGAGUUGCUGCCUGCACCCGGGGUUGCAGCUGGAGCACCUCCGUCAGCCACUGGGACUGCUGGUAGAAAGGGCACGCCACGCAGCUCGUGCUUGGAUAAAACAACAGUGAAAGAUCCCAAAGAAGAAACAGAGGAGAAGGAAAUUGGUGGCUCAGUCACUACAACUAAACCCAGCCGGAGUUGGCGUAGCAACAGGGCUACUACUACCGUUCAGCAAUGCGAUGCAGAGAAUUCCCGGAGUUCCAGAUCAAAGACUGGGUCCCUGCAACUCAUUUGCAAAUCAGAACCCAAUUCAGACCGGCUAGAAUUUGAAGAAACAGAGGAGAAGGAAGUUUCCACUACUGCGACAGCUGAUGCCUCAGUCACUACAACUAAACCCAGCCGGAGUUGGCGUAGCAACAAGGCUACUACUACCGUUCAGCAAUGCGAUGCAGAGAAUUCCCGGAGUUCCAGAUCAAAGACUGGGUCCUUGCAACUCAUUUGCAAAUCAGAACCCAAUUCAGACCGGCUAGAAUUUGAAGUUACUGAAGAGCAUUCAUCUCCAACUAGAAUCAGUGAUGAAGAAGAAAUGCUCAUCAGUGAAGAAGAGGCUCCCUUCAAAGACGAUCCUAGGGAUGAAACUUACAAACCUCAUUUAGAGAGAGAUGCUCCAAAGCAGAGGAAAAAAACUGGGAAGGGAAAAGAAGAAAAAGAGAAACAGAAAGAGAUUAAAGUGGAGGUGGAACUUAAAGAAGAAAGUGAAUUUCGAGAAGAUGAGGAUCCGCCUAGGAAGAGAGGAAGGCGGAGAAAAGAUGACAAAAGUCCACGACUUCCUAAAAGAAGGAAGAAGCCUCCAAUACAAUAUGUACGUUGUGAAAUGGAAGGAUGUGGCACAGUUCUUGCACACCCUCGCUAUCUACAGCAUCAUAUCAAAUAUCAACAUCUGCUGAAAAAGAAAUAUGUAUGUCCUCAUCCCUCUUGUGGGAGACUUUUCCGGCUCCAGAAACAACUGUUGCGGCAUGCCAAACAUCACACAGAUCAAAGAGAUUACAUUUGUGAAUACUGUGCCCGUGCUUUCAAAAGUUCCCACAAUCUGGCAGUUCACCGAAUGAUCCACACAGGGGAGAAACCAUUACAAUGUGAGAUCUGCGGAUUCACCUGCCGGCAGAAGGCCUCAUUAAACUGGCACAUGAAAAAACACGAUGCAGAUACCUUUUACCAGUUUUCAUGCAAUAUAUGUGGAAAGAAGUUUGAGAAAAAAGACAGCGUUGUAGCCCACAAAGCCAAGAGUCACCCAGAAGUGCUUAUUGCUGAGGCACUGGCAGCCAACGCAGGGGCUCUCAUUACCAGCACUGACAUCUUGGGUUCCGAUCCAGAGGCUAUUGUCCAACCCACUGAUGGCCAGGGCCUCCCCCUUCUUCCGGAUCCCAUUGGAAACACCACUCCUGGAGAGUGCCUAUUGCUGAACUCUGAUGGGAUGCCUAAGGCAUACUGCAGUGGGGGUAACCGGGUCAACCUGAUGGCUGAUGGAAAAAUAUUUGUUGGCAGUGCUAGUGCUGAGAAUACAGAAGGGCUGGUCAUCAAUACAGAGAUUCUUGGAGCUACCACUGAAGUUCUCAUUGAGGAUUCUGAUUCUACAGGACCUUAGUGGGAGAGGAGCACAUGUGUAUUGGGACAACUUGAACUUGUAUUUAAGAAAAUAAAUGGGGAGAAGCAACUUAUUCAACAUAGAGAAACUAAACAUAAAUUGCUAGUCAGAUAACUAAAGGACCUGCCCCCUGCCCCUUCUGCCCCAGCUCACCCCUUUCUGGCAGAGUGGAUCACUACACUACAUUUUUUUUUUCACUCGUUUCCUUCUUGGAGAGGAAUGUUGCCUUUACACAGAGAUUGAUAAAGCAAAAGAAUUCUUGCAAUGCAUGGGAGGGAAGCAGCUAGAGCCUAUCCCUCUCCCAGCUCUUCCAAAAUAAGCAAACUUCCUGCUUCUUGACCAUAUUGCAAGAUUGAAAAUGCUUACACUCUGGACCAAUAUUUCAUUCUUGAAACUGUAUUCUGUUCCUCCAGUUGUAUCAACCUGUUCUAUGCAUUACUAAAUUCUGACCCUUGCAAGCUCUUACUUUUCAUUUUAGGGCUUGGGAUAUAGCUUGGCACUUUAGAACCCCUCCUUAGGAUGAGCUGUAAAACAGCAUAUUUUCCCCAUAUUUUGUAUCUUCCCAUCCAUAAGAAAAGAGAAGGGAUCUCGAAAUGUUGGUGCUUGCUUUCUGAAAGAGGAGCGCCAUCUUUCUAUAUAAUUGCUCUGGUGCAAAAUACAUAUGGGAGAAUCAGAAUGGGUGCUAGGCUUAUAAAAGAAAACUUGCACUUUGUACAUGUCUUUUUUUUUGUGAUGAAGUCCUUAUUUAUUUGCCUUCUUAAAAGGGGUCUAUUUUAGUUGCUGUCUAGAGAAUGUUUUUGUUUCAAAAGUGAACAUCCUACGAAAGGGAUAUAAAACAGAAUGGGCUUCUUCAGCAAACCAUGUUUAGGAAUUCUUAUUCAGUCUGAGUGAAGGAAAUACUUGUGGAGCAGGAUAGGUCUUUAGCACCUCUAGUGAACUGUGAGGCUCCUGUUUGCUUCAGCAUUUAUUGUUUAAGGAUGUAAUGGCUGUUCAAGAAAAUGAUGUCAUAUAUUCCCUCACUAACUAACUUCCUAUUUGCUCGCUCACACUGUGGUGCUUAUCCUUUCUCUCUGACGUUGAUGGGCUAAUGCCAUUAACAGGAAGCUUUGUCUUGAAGAAGUUAUAUUAACUGUUUUAAAGAGCCUUGGCUGCUAACAUGCUCUGCCUCGUGAGACUUUGAUAUAAUUCUUCAAACUUCAUUUAGGGACAUUAUUUGAUUUAGAGUGGUAACAGCGCCAGCUUUACUCUGCAUUAUAUCCACUAUUCUCAAAUAUAUGCAAUUGUUUCUGUGGAAUUUGACUUAUCACCAGACAGGUCUAGAUUUGGAAGGGAAUAGUGUUUAAAAAAAUAUAGAAAUACCUUAAAGAUAUAUUUAGCACAUGAUUUACAUAAACUCUUCUCUUACCUGAGAGCUUAUGAUGGUACAAUAUCCUGGUAGUACUUCUCUGUUAAUGAUCUGAUAUGUUCAUAUGAUCAAGAAGUAAAAUGAAUUUCCAAUUUAGACUUUAUUCUGGAGCUGUAUCCUGUAUAGUUCUAAACCCUGCUAUGUAGUGCUAGCUGGCAUUAAGUACAAUUAUUCUCAGCAGAUCUUUUUACAGUGCUAAUUAUCUGGAAGGAAGACUUAUAAUUUGUUACAUUGAAACCAAGAAUCAACUGGGUCUAAAGUGAAGCAGUUACUGCAGUCCAUUACAUACUUUCUGUGACUCCUGCCUGGAUGCUUGGCAGCCAUUCAGAUAUAUAACGUGUAGGUGUCAUUGCAUGCAGCUCAGGACUGCAUGUUCCGCAAGACUGCUACUGCUACAAAUUGUGUGAUUAAAAUUGAUGCGAGAAAAGUAUUGGGAGCCAAAAACGUGUACAUACUACUGAGGAAACUGACUUCUGUCUCGAUUACAGUAUGCAGUAUUUUGCUAGCGUAAUGAACAAAUUACAAUAUGAACCCUGUUUUGCAAAUUACUUGAAGUAUUUAUUCUGUUUGGCUAUCAAUCUCUUGUCUGUUUCUAGCCCCCCCCCCUUCAUUAGAUGCAAGUGUGGUUUUAUUAAAAUAACAAUCUUAUAUUUAGCCAGGAUAGCCGUCUGCACUCUAGGUGAAAACUUCUAAUUUAGAUUUGUGAUGACUAUUUAUCAACCAAUAAUAAUUCCUUUAAAGUUGUUCCCAUCAUAAGCAAGCAGUUUCAAUUACAACUGCAGCAAAUUAUUUGUAUUUUCUUCUAGUAAAUUCCUCCCCCCCUCUUUUUUUUCCUUCGCGGGAAAAGCAUGCUGCUGGGAAUUGAACUUGUAUAAUUUUCCCUCUACCAGAUGGAUAGUUUACAGUAACUCAUUUAACUUUGUUCCACUCCAUAUACAGUUCCGUAGUCUAGUAAUAUCUAUUAGCUCACUCUGGUUCUCUAGGAGUUGGACUCCUUCCUGUUAAUAUUAAAGGAUAGUUCAUAUCACUUUUUGUCAGAGGUUGACAAAAAAGACCUUUUUUUAGUCAUGUGAAUAAGAAUUCUCUUUUUAGCCCUUUAUUUUACUACAACCAAUAUAACUGGUGAGAACACGAGGCUUAGAUGUUCUUCAAGGACUAGUCUUCUAUUGUGUGAAAAGUACUCCAUCUACUUCAAAUAGUUUCUGAAAAAUGGCACAAUGCUGAAGUUUUUGCAGCUGGAAAGAAUUGUCAGAUCUCUGGUAAUAUGGUAGUGAAGACCAGGGAGAACUGUACUAGCAUUGUGAAUCCUACCAGAGAAAGGACAGGAUUUGCAAUUUUUAGCAGAACUACCUGAAGUAGUAGCCACUGAGUGGCAACAGACCUGUGUUGCAUUGUGGCACACCCUAUUUUUUAGAGUUAAAUAACAGAUGGUUGAGUUAACAAGUCUUUGGUUCCUUAAAAGCCUUGUGUACAAAAUUUCCAGAAAGCGAUAGUGGAAGUUUAGAUGGGGUGCCAGGAUGGAGGGGCAGUGAUCCAUGUUCAUAAAGGUUUGUGUAUACAGAAGUAAAUAAAACAAUUAAAAGGGAUGCUUUGUUUUUUCAUGUCAUGUCUUUAAAUUCAGGAAGCCAUAACCAAAAUAAAUACUUAAAGGGAAAAGCAGUCUGUGUCAUGUUACAUGCCAGCUACAUGGGAAAUGUUCACAAAUGAAAUAGCUUCCCACGCACUGCUGUAGUGCAGGUCUUUCUGCAAUGCCCUGCUGCAAAAGAUUGCCUUUGAAAGAAGCAACAAUAGGCUGACCCUAUUUAAAUGGUUAGUUAAUUUGCUUAAGGCCUGUGAAAACACCUGUUAAUAUAUUAUGAAACUAUCCCAAAAAGCAUGCAUUACUUUUGGAAGUAUCCUGAAAAGUGGCUGUGUUUGUAGGGUUAAAGCGCUACUUCAUUCUUCUAACAAAAGAGAUACUCUGUUCUCUCCCAUCAUGAUAAAUUUAAUAUUUCUAUAUCGAUCUUCAAAAUCUUUGGAAAUGUUUUGCUUCCAAUAUAGAGUUAUAGAAAAAUUGGGUUACAGAAUUAAUAUUGUUUAUGAUUCAGUAUGCUAUUUUAAAGAUCAAGCUUGAAGAGAGAUAAUCGUGGCUGAAUAAUUCUUAUGGAGCUAUUAAGAAAAAAUGGGAUGUUCCCUACCCCACAAACAAAAUUUAUGCAUGCCCUGUAAACUCAGUUCAGAAGAAAGUGCCAUUUUCUUCUGAGGUUCCUGAAUAUUCUGGAUAAUAAAUUUCCUUCCCUUGUUACCUAGUGUGGGAGAUUAUGUACAUCAGCUCCAGAGAUGACAUUUCUAAGGAAUGGAAUGUAUUUGAUCAUGCAUUGACUGUCAGUGCAUUCUGUAACAUUUGAAUUUGGACUGUCUGUCCAAAUGUGUAGUAAAUCAAUUUAAUUCUGCAAUGUCCUUCAAGGAGCUAUAUAGAACAUAAGGUUCAUUACAAAGGCAACAUAUCAUUUCUAAUAUCUAUCAGAAGGAGAAACCAAACAUCUUCCCAACCUAAUUUUUUUUUAAGUAUUUUGGAGGAUUGUAUAGGAUUCUGCCACCCUGGGUCUCUUCUUGAGAUGAGUAAUUGUCAGAUUGAUUAAAUACAUUUCAAUAUAGUAUAAUGUCAAAGGAAAUUGGAGCAAUCUGCUUCAUUAUGUUUCUGUUAAGAUGCUACAGUAGAAUACUAAAUGACUAAAAGACUGCUAGCACAUAAUGGCUUAUUUCAAAGUAUGUCAAACAUGGUAGGGGGAUUAGUGUGUUUUUUUAGAAAAACAACUGUACCAUAUAGGAAUGACAAAUUAGAGAGGAGCGGUCUAAAAACAAAUGUUUGGUGAAAACCAGUGAGUUCAAGCCAGAUUUUUGAAGUCUGCUAUAUUAGACAAUAACUUUGGUGGGUAGGAUUUUUUUCAUACUGAUGGAGUUAUUAUACAUUUAGUUCUUGCAACAAUUGACAAGAACAUGACACAGAAACCAACCUAGAAUAGGGAAACUUCAAUGCCAUCUUAAAACGUAGAUUAGCAUUUUAGAAAACAGCAGAAUAAUAUAGCUUGUUUUGCUAAUUUGAAAUUAAUUAUGAAGCAAUUAUGAGCCUGAAAGCCAGCUGGGUGACUUUGACCAGUCAUACUCUCUCGGCCCAACCCAACUCCAGGUGGUUGUUGGGGGAAAACAGGAAGAGGAAAAAAUAUUUUGUUUGUUUACCACCUUGAGUUACUUAUAAAAUAAGGCAGGAUAAAAACCAAAUUUUCAUUCACAUAUCUAGUACGGUGUAAUGGGAGCUCUGAUAGUUUCUCUUGAAAAGUUCAUUAUGUCAUAGGUGUUGGCUGGGGAGUUGUAGUUCCUUUGGGAAUUAAGGUUUGAAUUGUAUUGUGCAGAAUAUAAACAGUCUUUUGAUAGAUCA